GGAAGCCGGUCGCGAGUAUCAAGUACAUGUCCUACGCCACUUAUCCUUCAAAGUCGAGACUAUGACGACGACUGUCGGACCCUCCGCCGCACCCUGGGCGCAAUCCACAAACUUUCCAAAGGCAAGCCUCGCCAGAUCGAAGCCAUAUCGCAGUCGCUCGGAAAGGCCUCUGGCCGCGAUGGCCCUGACGAGGGCCUGGCGAUCUACAUUCAAAACUUUGACAACUCGGUCCGUGCCCUGUACCGCGUUCUGUCCCUCAACGUGCAUGUUCUUCAUUCAUCAACACCGCCUCUUGACGUGAGAGAAUUUUCGGACGACCUGGGCAGUUUGGCAGUGGACUUGGAGCGAUGGCAGAAGGAGUUCAGUGGCUUGGUUUUCCCCAGCCUGGCGCCAGGGGAUGGUCGAAAGAGCCCUCGAGACUUGAAAGCUGAGGCUCGAGCGUUGGCGAAAAGGUGCUUCGUGGCCGCCGGCAAGUUGGACGCGUUAGUAUGUCUGGAUGAUGUUCAUGCGACGAACGGGUUACUCCGUCGUCUGACCCGGCAUCGAUCACCGUCGUCUGCGACGCAGAGGACGCACACAAGGACGCCGUCGCCAGUGCCAUCUGCCACCGCUUCGAGUGCGGCUGUGGGUGGUGUGUCGUCGAGUGUGAGAAGCUCUUCACCCUCACAUGUUCAUUCGCCCCAACCUUCCCGGAGCGGAAGGGGUGCCGGACUCGUUGGAGUGGCAUAA